UCCAGGCUAUGGUGAAUGAUGUUCUCCGGGAUUUUCUUAAUAUUUUUGUGUUUGUCUACCUUGACGAUAUCCUCAUCUUCUCUAAGUCUGAACCGGAGCAUGUUCAGCAUGUUCGCAGUGUUUUCCAGAGACUCGCUUUUCGUGAAAGCGGAGAAAUGUGAAUUUCGUGCCACAGAGGUAACGUUUUUGGGCUUAAUCAGCAGGGCUGGUCGUUUCCUGAUGGACCCCACCAAGAUCAAAGCAGUGGCUGAUUGGCCUAACCCCACCACUCGGAAGAGGCUUCAGCAGUUCUUGGGGUUUGCCAAUUUCUCCCGUCGUUUCAUCCGCAAUGAUAGCUCUGUGGCGGCUCCUCUAACGGCUCUCACCUCCCAGAAACUCACCUUCCAGUGGUCCUCUGCUGCAGAAAGAGCAUUCGGUGAGUUCAAGUCACGGUUCUCGUCUGCUCCCAUCCUUGUCUUUCCAGACCCAGAGCGCCAGUUUAUUGUGGAGGUGGACGCAUCGGACUCCGGGGUGGGAGCAGUCCUCUCCCAGCGGUCAGCAGAGGACCAGAAGUUGCACCCGUGUGCUUUUUUCUCCCGCAAAUUGUCACCAUUGUCGCCGAACAACAUUAUGAUAUUGGGAAUCGAGAGUUGUUGGCUGUCAAGAUGGCCCUGAAAGAGUGGAGGCACUGGUUAGAGGAGGUGGAGCAGCCGUUUGUGGUUUGGACCGACCACAAGAACCUGGAGU